AUGAUGGUUGCUGCCGCCACCGCUCCCGCUGGAACUUCGUCUGCCUCGAAGGCAAAGAAGACCAAGGCCCCGGCUUCUCACCCUCCUUUUGCAAAAAUGAUUGUUGAGGCUAUUGCUGCAUUGAAAGAAAGAGGGGGCUCGAGCCGACAGGCUAUUCUAAAAUAUGUUAAGAGUCAUUACAAGAUUGAUGAUAAGGUAGCAGAGGUUAACGUCCGCAAAGUUCUUGUCUCUGCCGCUGCCUCUGGUAAGAUUGUUCGCGUCAAGGGUACAGGAGCUAGCGGAUCUUUCAAGUUGGCUGCUAAGGGGGAGAAAUCGGAUUCUGAGAAACCAAAGAAGACUGUUAAGCCUAAAGCUGAAAAGGCUGCCAAGAAGUCGGCCACUCCGAAAAAAUCUAAGUCUGGGCUCAAGCCUAAGAAGGUUGCGCCUGCUCCUAAACCCAAGAAAUCGCCCGCUAAGAAGGCUGAGAAGAAAUCGACAGUUGCUAAGACGCCCAAGACGGUUAAAGUCAAGAAACCAGCGACUAAGAAGACGCCCACCAAAAGGGCUGCCCCCAAGAAAUAG